CUGAUCUCGCACACGUUGUUUUGUUUACAAAAAAUGCAACGAAAGGAGGCGAAUCCGUUUCAGAGCCUGGGACUACGUCCUUGGAUGGUGAAACAACUAACAAAAUUAGGCCUCAAGGGCGCAACACCUAUCCAACAGAAUUGCAUUCCCGCGAUAUUGUCGGGAAAGGAUUGCAUUGGCGCCGCACAGACGGGAUCGGGAAAGACCUUUGCCUUCGCCCUGCCCAUUCUGGAGAGAUUGAGCGAAGAGCCAGUUAGCCAUUUUGCCUUGGUUCUAACCCCCACACAUGAGUUGGCUUAUCAAAUAUCGGAGCAGUUUCUGGUGGCCGGCCAACCAAUGGGAGUGCGAGUGUGCGUCGUAUCCGGCGGCACUGAUCAGAUGAUCGAAAGCCAGAAGUUAAUGCAGCGUCCGCACAUUGUGGUGGCCAUGCCCGGACGUCUGGCCGAUCACUUGACGGGCUGUGACACGUUUUCAUUCGAUAAUCUAAAAUAUCUCGUUGUGGACGAGGCUGAUCGCAUGCUGAACGGCGACUUUGAUGAGAGCUUGGCCAUAAUCGAAAGAUGUUUGCCGAGUACCAGGCAGAACCUUUUCUUCUCCGCCACUAUGAAGGACUUUAUGAAGGAGUCCAGUAUAUUCCCCAUAUCCAAGGAUUGUAUCGAAUGGUCGCAAGACUCUAAUGUAGCCACUGUAGACACUCUGGAUCAGCGAUACCUGCUGUGCGCCGACUACGAUCGUGAUAUGGUUCUGAUCGAGUCGCUGCGCAAAUAUCGCGAGGAAAACGAAAAUUCCAAUGUGAUGAUAUUCACAAAUACAAAAAAAUACUGUCAACUUCUCUCCAUGACCCUUAAGAGUAUGGACAUUGACAAUGUAUGCUUGCACGGGUUUAUGCGGCAAAAGGAGCGUGUUGCGGCCCUCAGUCGCUUCAAGUCCAAUCACAUCCGCACACUGAUUGCCACGGAUGUGGCAUCUCGCGGCCUGGACAUACCCAGCGUGCAACUGGUGAUCAAUCACAUGCUACCACGGACGCCCAAGGAAUACAUUCAUCGCGUGGGUCGGACAGCGAGGGCUGGCCGCAAAGGCAUGUCCAUUUCCAUAUUUCGAUUUCCGCGCGACCUCGAACUUCUGGGCGCGAUUGAGACAGAAAUUAACACAAAGCUUACAGAGCAUCCAAUAGAUCAGCGAAUGGUGGAGCGAAUUUUCAUGCAAGUGAAUGUGACGCGACGUGAAUCGGAGAUGCAGCUGGAUAACAAUGACUUUGACGAGCGUGCCCAAAACUACAGACGCAAAACGUGGAUAAUGGAGGGCAAGGAUCCAGAUGAAAUGGAAGCACUCUAUCGCAAAAAGCAAAAGGAUAAACUGAAGGAAAUUCGUCGAAAACGGAAACUUCAGCAGGCAGACUCCGCCACUAGUGAAGAGGGCAAAGUACUCCUACAAGACGAACGCUUCAAGUCCGUAGAUAGUGCGCGAUUCGAGAAAAAAGGUAGAGGCCGGAGUCGAUCUUCUAAAGAUGGGGUGGAAGGUGAACCACCAAAGAAGAUGAAUCGAAUCAAACCGAACGUUUCAUUGGACAAGCAGAAAAAUUUUAAAUCGAAAAGAAAAGUUAAGGGACAUUUAUAAAUAAAUGUUUAUAUA